GGCUCAUAAAGCUAACACCAGGACAGUGAACCUUUGGAGUUUGAUAUGAUGUGAUCACACACACACACACACACAGGCCCAUGAUGACACGUGAACACACACUCAGUGUUCACAAUGACACAGCUCUGAUCGGAGGGAGGUGAUCUCUGAACGUGCUCAGUGAGCACCCCUAAUUUCCCUGAUUUACAUUUCACUGACAAUCACACCUAAUGGAAUCCAAUCAGAAAGCGAGUGGGGACGGGGCGCUGGGGACGCAGAAGGAGGCGGCGCUGCGGCUGCUCACCCAGCGAACAGGAUACCAGCUGAAGCAGGAGAACGGUCAGCGGCGGUAUGGCGGCCCACCGCCCGCAUGGGACGGCCCACCACCAGAGAGAGGCAGCGAGAUCUUUGUGGGGAAACUGCCGAGAGAUCUGUUUGAAGAUGAACUGGUUCCACUGUGUGAGAAGUUUGGUAAAAUCUACGAAGUGAGGAUGAUGAUGGACUUUAACGGGAACAACAGAGGUUACGCCUUCGUCACCUUCAACACCAAACAGGAGGCCAGAACAGCCAUGAAGCAGCUCAACAACUACGAGAUCAGGAACGGUCGCCUCCUCGGUGUUUGUGCCAGCGUCGACAACUGCAGGUUGUUUGUGGGCGGGAUUCCCAAGACGAAGAAGCGCGAGGAGAUCCUGUCGGAGAUGAGGAAGGUCACCGAAGGGGUCAUUGACGUCAUCGUGUACCCGAGCGCCGCCGACAAAUCCAAGAACCGAGGCUUCGCCUUCGUGGAGUACGACAGCCACCGAGCCGCUGCCAUGGCUCGACGCAAACUGCUGCCAGGCCGUAUUCAGCUGUGGGGUCAUGCCAUCGCCGUGGACUGGGCUGAGCCGGAGGUGGAGGUUGAUGAGGAUACAAUGGCAACUGUCAAGAUACUGUACGUCAGGAACCUGAUGCUGCAGACCACAGAGGAGACAAUCGAGAAGGAGUUCAACAACCUCAAACCAGGUGCAGUGGAGCGAGUGAAGAAGAUCAGGGACUACGCCUUCGUCCAUUUCACACAUAGAGACGACGCCCUCGACGCCAUCAAUGCUCUAAACGGAAAGGUGGUGGACGGAUCUCCUAUCGAGGUGAGUCUGGCCAAGCCUGUGGACAAGGACAGUUACGUUCGUUACACCAGAGGGACGGGAGGACGGGGAAGCUCUCUGCUGCAGACCGACUACACGGCCUACACCGUGGGACAGGUGUACGACCCCUCGGCGGCGUAUCUCGGUGCACCCGUGUUUUACGCCCCCCAGGCCUACGCUGCCAUUCCAGGUCAGUUUCGGUUCCCGGCAGCCAAAGCUCACGUUGGAGGUCGAGGUCUGAUCAGGACGCCAUCUGUUCGAGAAAUUUACAUGACUGUACCUGUAGGGGCUGCGGGGGUGCGGGGGCUGGGUGGGCGGGGCUACUUGGCCUACGCUGCCGGGGGAGGAGCCAUGGGCCGAGGUGGUGGGGGCGCUGGCGGCGCCUCCUAUGGGCUGAAGAUGGACAAGCACCCAGAGGAGAAGCUGUACGACCUGCUGCCCGGCAUGGAGCUGACCCCCAUGAGCCUGAAGGCAGCCGCCAUCAAACCUGCUCCACAGGUUCUGGAGGAGCUGUGUCAGAAGAACAACUGGGGACAACCAGUGUAUCAGCUCCACUCUGCCAUUGGUCCAGACCAGAGACAACUGUUCCUCUACAAGAUCACUGUCCCAGCUCUGGCUACACAGUAUCCCAGCGUUCAUCCCUUCACCCCUGCUAAGCUGUGUGCUGCUGUAGAAGAAGCUCGAGUCCACGCAGCUGAGCACACCCUGCAGACCCUGGGUCUGCAGACAGAGGGCGCCGCUGACACCAGCUGUGCUACUGCUGCCGCUGUGGCCUCAGUAGCCUUCCCAGGCUACACUCUGGCGAGUCCGGCGUCGGCUGCGGUCGCGUCCCAGCUGAAGCAGGCGGUGUCUCUGGGUCCGGACCUGACGGCCUACACCACCUACGACGGCUACCCCGCCUUCGCCGUGGCAACACGCCACAGCGACGGGUACGGAGUUUUCUAGAGCCGCGUUUCCAGAGAGUAAAAACACACAACGCCAAGGCUGCGUCGCACUAUUGUGUGUUUUCAACAGGUUCUCAUUUCAGAUCAGUUCACAGCGUUUAUCGCUGACUAAACUAAAUCAAACAUCAGUCGUCAAUCAGAGUGAAAAACAUCCACCACCUGAUUCUGUAGAGACAGAAGCAGAACAGUGCGAUGCACCUUCUGUCCAGCAGGGGGAGAAAACAACGUUUUGAAACCGCUGCUGAAAAUGUGUCGGACUCGUCAGUGAAAUAAAUUCCUCACGUUCUUUACUUCAUUUGUUCUAUUUCUGCCGUUCCUCUUUGAUUUCACCUGAAUCGUGUUCGUUGGUAUCUGAGGUGAUUUUGAUAGCCGACCUCUGAUUGGCUGCAGGUUUGGUUUUUGUUCUAAACCGAAUCGUCACAUUUCUUUUGUUUGAUCUUUUUCUAUUCGCCCGCCUCAUCUUAUCUUAUUAUCUUUAAACUGUCUCUCUUGUGUUCGUCAGAUCAUUUCACUGCUUUUAGUCUCAUUGGAUUUUAAAUCCCUCAGAAGUUUAGUUUGUCUGUGAAGAUGCUGAUACGUGGUCUGGGAUUCUAACCUGGGGACACGCUUGUGGUCCCGGGACGUUCUGGUCUGAUGAACAUGACGUCAAAGACAUUUAUGACUCGUCCUUAAAAUAUGAGACAAAUUCUCUGAGAUAAUUUCCUCUUUUUCUUUCAUUUAAUAAAUACAAGAAAGCUCAUUUUGCUUUGUGAAUAUCUUUGUGACCAUGAUGUCGAGUCGUACAGCAUCACGGAGGAAAAUGUAAAACCUCAAGUCGCCACCAGGUGUCAACAGAAACACGUUAAUGAACUAGAGUGAUGCUCCCGUCACUGCAGUGAAACCACAGAAGAAGAAGUGAUUCAAACUUAAUGUUGAAACUACGAAGGUUCAGUUUCCUCAUCGUUUUCAUCCAACGUUGUCACAUUUAGUUUUUAUUAAUAAACCAACGUUUAAUAAUUUUUCAUGUGCAAAUAAAAGUAUAUUUUCAAGUGAAAAGAUAGCAAGCGGCCCCCUCUAGUUGUGCGCUGACCCCUGAGCUGUGAACACGCUGAAGCAGAGACAGUAUUAAAGUGCUGAAGCACUUAGAUCUUAUUUUUAUACCAGGAGAAGAAGAAGAAACAUCCAGACACUUAUUCUGCCUUUGUUUGAUCAGUGAUUGUCUCAUGAAUCUGAAUCAGUGAGAAUCCGUGACGACAGUUUUCAUAUCAAAGGAAACUUAUUGAUAAAUUUCACGAUUCAAAAUCUUCCUGAAAUAAAGAAUCUGAAGAAACAGAA